AUGCGUCGUAUCGGCUCUCGAGCUCUUCAGUGGCCAUUCAAGAAGAAAGACGUCAAUGCCAUGGUCCAAAAUUUUGAGCGCUAUCAGAGGGUUAUCACCGAUGCACUACAAAUGGACCAAACUCGUCUCCUCCAGAGAAAUACGAGGUUGAUGGAGCAGAUGACUUUGCAGUUUGCAGAGAAGGCGCCCACGAAGCCCCCUAGCCCUGAUCUACCCGCAGCAUGCUUCACGAUACCGUUCCCUCGCGAUCCGGAUUUCGUCGACCGGUCUACACUCAUGCAACGAUUGGAAGACCAAUACAAAGGCUCUCGACAGCGUAUAGCCCUCGUGGGCAUGGGCGGGUUUGGAAAGUCCCAGAUCGCCAUCGAAUUCGCUUAUCGUGUCCGAGAGACAAUCUCUGAUGCCGCUACCAGCGUCUUCUGGGUACACGGCAGCACACGAGCGAGAAUAGAGCAAUCCUACCGCUCCCUGGCGGACCUACUCGAGAUUCCUCGACGCCAUGAGCCUGGUGUGAGCAUCCUUACACUUGUCCGAGACUGGCUCACAGGUCCGAAGCCUGGAAAGUGGCUCAUGAUCCUUGAUAACGCCGAUGAUGUCGACGUAUUCUUCGCUACGGAUACCGCCCCGAGUACCAGUUCAGCCAGCAGUCACGAGACGCAUGAGCCUCUAGCAGCGUACUUACCCAAGACUGGAGAUGGGAAAAUUCUGGUCACGACGCGAAGCAUGAAUGCCGCAGAAAGACUGACAGGUGGUCAUCAUUCUGUCAUCCAAAUACCAACUAUGGGCCAGGCCGAAUGUUUACAGCUUGUCCACAACAAUGCGACCUUCGUUUACGAAAGGACCGCCGCGGAGGAACUUGUUCAGAUCCUUGAAUUGAUCCCGCUUGCCGUCACCCAGGCGGUUGCGUACAUCAACCGCCGAACCCCUCGACAGUCUAUCCAGUCGUAUAUCCAGAAUUUCCGGAAGAACGAGGCGCGGCAAGGGAGUCUCUUAAACCAUGACUCUGGAGACCUGAGGAGACUGGAAAGCGCAUCAAACUCCAUUGUCGUCACCUGGCAGAUCACCUUUGAACAGAUUCGUCGAGAAAGACCGUCGUCAGCCGAACUACUGUCGCUCAUGAGCUUCUUUCACUCUCAGAACAUUCCGGAAGAAGUUCUCCAGGGCUACGUCGGCCUUUCUUCAAGAACCAGGCAUGACUCAAGUCAACGAGAGUGGUCCUUGCCAGAUGACCAAUCGCCUGGCGAGCCCGAAGCCAAUUCCGACGACGGCCAACUUGAAGACGACCUUGAUGCUCUCAUGGGCUAUUCUCUCAUCGUUCCCACAACCACACUUGGCUUCUACGACAUGCAUGCCCUUGUUCAGUUCUGCACGCAAAAAUGGCUGGCAGAGUUUGGCAAACCGGAGCGAUGGAGGAAACUCUUUAUACGCUUGGCGGCCAUCAACUUCCCCAACGGAGAAUUUGGGACCUGGGAAAGAUUUGAAACAGACGAGUUGUAUGCGCAGACUGUCAGCCUGAUGAACGAGGACCAAGGGGAGCCCAGCAGUUUCCCGUUGACAUGUUUUGAUCUGGCCUGCAUAUGCUAUGAGAGAGGUCGAAGUAAGGAUGCCGCCAAGUGGAUGCAGGCUUCUGUCGAGUUUGGUUUGAAGGCCAAUGGAGAGGGCCAUGUGGACACCCAAGAAGCCAUCUCGACACUAGCACAAUGGAGGAGGGAGGAUGAUGAGAUGCUCAGCCAUGGGAAGUUAUACGGCGCAACCGUGCCUGACGAUAUCGGGGGUGACAGCGAAGCGCCCAGCAGCAUAAGUUCUAUUGGUGAUACUGCUUGA